AUGGAAACAGUUCAAGCAGACGUGGAUUCAAAGAAGAAACUCAUCAUUCAAUGCCACAAUGACUCAAUUAGAUUGACCCAAAAUAAUCGAAAUUUGAAAAAGAAACUCAAGAAAUUAAAAUCUGAAUCGUUUGGUUAUGAAAGUAUAAAGUCCAAUCCAAAAAAACACCUCUUUUAUACUGGCAUUAUAAGAGACAUAUUUCAAUUGCUUUUCAAGCAUUCGAAGUUACCUAUAAUUUCAAAAAAGUUGCAAUCUGAAGAUCACCUCCUACUGGUUUUGAUGAAGUUGAGACUUGGUAUCAAAAAUAAAGAUUUGGCAUACAGGUUCAAAGUUGCUGAAUCUGUGAAUUUACCUGAAUGCUUUCGCAAAAAGUAUACCAGAUGUGUGUGUAUUAUCGACUGCACUGAGAUUUUUACAGAACGUCCUUUGGGAUUAAAUGCAAGAGCACAAACAUGGUCUAACUAUAAAAAUCACAACACCAUAAAAUAUCUUGUUGCUUGCUCACCAACUGGAGCUGUCACUUUUAUGUCUGGAGGAUGGGGUGGUCGAGUUUCAGACAAGGAGAUAACCGUAAAAUGUGGGUUUCUUGAUUUGAUUGAACAUGGGGUUUUACUGUUAUGGAGGAAGUAG